AUGGGCCUGUCCGCCUUGCUGGCGAGCGCCGUGGGCACCUUCGUGCUCCUGCCGCUGCUGCUCUUCGCGGUCUCCGCGAAACUCUGGGCUUUGUACUGCCUGCGGGGCCGCGACCGCUGCUGCCCCCUGCCGCUGCCCCCCGGCACCAUGGGGCUGCCUUUCUUCGGGGAGACGCUCCAACUGGUGCUGCAGCGGCGCAAGUUCCUGCAAAUGAAGCGGCGCAAGUACGGCCACAUCUACAAGACGCACCUCUUCGGGCGGCCCACGGUGCGCGUGAUGGGCGUGGAGAACGUGCGGCACAUCCUGCUGGGCGAGCACCGGCUGGUGGCUGUGCAGUGGCCGGCUUCGGUGCGCACCAUCCUGGGCGCCGGUUGCCUCUCCAACCUUCACGACGCGCAGCACAAGCACCGCAAGAAGGUCAUCAUGCGAGCUUUCUCCCGUGAGGCCUUGGAACACUACAUCCCAGUGAUCCAGGAAGAAGUGAGCGCUUCCCUGAGGCUAUGGCUACUGGCUAGCGCUGACAGCAGCUCCUGCCUGUUGGUAUAUCCGGAGGUGAAGCGCCUCAUGUUCCGCAUCGCCAUGCGCAUCCUGCUGGGUUUCUGUCCGGGCCAGCCAGGCUCUGAUGGUGAGGAGCUUCUGGUGGAGGCCUUUGAGGAGAUGAUCCGCAACCUUUUCUCCCUGCCUAUUGAUGUGCCUUUCAGUGGUCUUUACAAGGGCUUGAGGGCGCGGGAUAUCAUCCAUGCCAAGAUCGAGGAGAGCAUCCGGGCAAAACUGGCUGGGAAGGAGCCUGCUGAUGGCUACAAGGAUGCACUGCAGUUGCUGAUGGAGCACACACAGAGCAACGGGGAGCAGCUCAACAUGCAGGAGCUAAAGGAAUCUGCAACUGAACUACUUUUUGGUGGGCAUGAAACGACAGCCAGUGCUGCAACCUCCUUGAUCACCUUCCUAGGCCUUCACCAGAAUGUCCUGCAAAAAGUACGAAAAGAGUUAAAAGAGAAGGGAUUAUUGGGAAGUUUGAACCAAGAAAAGCAUUUUGAAAUGGAAGUCUUGGAACAGCUGAAAUACACUGGCUGUGUCAUCAAAGAGACACUCCGGAUGAGUCCACCAGUUCCAGGAGGAUUCAGGGUGGCCCUCAAAACUUUUGAACUAAAUGGGUACCAGAUUCCUAAAGGCUGGAAUGUCAUUUACAGUAUCUGUGACACCCAUGAUGUUGCAGAACUUUUCAUCAACAAAGAUGACUUUAACCCUGACCGCUUCAUGUCCCCUUUCCCAGAGGAUGUGUCACGGUUUAGUUUCAUUCCUUUUGGAGGUGGCCUAAGAAGCUGCGUUGGCAAAGAGUUUGCUAAAAUUCUCCUCAAGAUCUUUACUGUAGAGUUGGCCCGGAACUGUGACUGGCAGCUUUUAAAUGGACCCCCAGCUAUGAAGACUGGCCCUACUGUGUAUCCAGUGGACAAUCUGCCGACAAAAUUUACACGUUUUAAUGGCCAGGUUUAA